GGACUAUCCCGUACCGCCGAGGUCGAUUACGGCCUACUUCAAUCGAGGCGAAUCCCGUUAAAGUGCUCCGAUGAAGAGCGAAACGUUGGCCCUGCAUCGCCGUCAUUACCGCUACCACGGCCACCGUCUCCAUCACCAUCACCACCAGCCAGUGCAACCCCGGGCGGUUGAGCGCCGUCCCGCCGUCGUCGUCGUCGUCGACAGUCUACCGGAUCCCAGACCGCGGUGCUCGGUUUGGCGCACGGACGCCAGCCCACGAAACCUUCGCAUGUUGAUUGAAGGCCUCCGAAACAUUACAUCACCAUGUCAGAAUCGUGGCAUCUAUGCUGGACGAAGAAUCUGAAGCAGCAGCAGGAGCAACACCAUCAUCACCACCACUACCACCGCCAUCAUCAUCAUCAUCAUCAUCAACAACAUCACGAGAGAGAAACGUUUUUGCUAGUGGUUUUCUAAACAAUACACUGCAUUCCGAUACUGGAUUGGGUUUGGCGAAGGAACGGGAGCGAAAAUCAAAUUCGUAAUCACCAACAUCGGUGUGUUGUGUACUCGAUCCAGUACCGUCCAAGUCGCGCAGAGGCCGGAAGGGACGCCCGUAGUCCCAUUCGAUUCUUGCCGAAGAACUCCACAUCAAGCAUCAAAUUGCCAUCACAAUGUCGGAUGCGGGAUCCAACUAUCGCACGUCGACCUCGUUUACCACUAUGCCCCCGGUGCUGACCGAAAGCCAAAAAGGUUCGGUCGAGGACAUCCAGAUCUCACUAGCACCAUACAUACAGUCGUAUCUGAGCCAAACCGGGCGGCGCCAUUCGUGCUGCAGCGUGAUGCUGCCGGUUGCGUUCGAGCGGGCUGCGCCACGUUCCUGGUUCGAUCCGCGCUUCGACUCGCCCGUCCUAGAGGGCCAGUACCAGGCCAGCGUGUUUCCGCAGCUACGGUUGAAAUUUCGCUUCGCACUGUUCUACAUCCUGCUCUGCUCGCUCGUGUGGCUGCUGUACUUCCUGCUUGACGGUGGCCCGACCAGCUUCACGCUGCUGACGGUCGCGAUCGGCGUGAUUUUCCUGUUCGCGCUCGCCGGCCUCUGGCUGACCGGCACCGACCUCUACCGGGCGCACACCAACCUGAUCUCCUCCUUUUGCGCCGUUCUGCUGUGCAUGUUCUCACUCUUUCUGCUGCUGCUGACGCGCGAAGCGCUCAGCCCGCUCGGCCACUUUUCCAUCUGCAUCGAGAUCGUCAUGCUCAUCUACACCAUCAUACCGCUGCCGCUGUGGCUCUGCUGCACGAUCACGAUGACCUACUCCGUUUGCUUCGAGGUGCUCUCGUUUCUCCACCAGACGCACUACGACUACAACUCGCGCCCGAACGGGUCGCCACUGCUGGGCUCGGCUGCACAAACCGCCGCACGGCUAACCACGGACACGUUCGUUUACAAGAUCAUGCUCAUACGGGUGCUGAUACAGCUGUGCGUACACCUGAUCGGCAUCCAGAUACUGAUCAUGACGGUCGUGCGGAUGCGCGGCACGUUCAUGAAGGUUGGCCAGAAUCUGCUGGUGCGCCGUCAGCUCGAGAUGGAGAAGCAGCUGAAGGAGAAGAUGAUCCACUCGAUGAUGCCGCCGAAGGUGGCCGACCUGCUGCUGAAGGAGAGUGGCAGCGUUCCGAAGGGGGGCGGCACCAGCUUCGAUCAGCCGUACUCGGCGGCGGCCGCGGCCGCCCGGCGCACCACACCCUCCGAUCUGAAGUCGCUGUUCCGGCCGUUCCACAUGAACCGGAUGGAGAACGUGAGCAUACUGUUCGCGGAUAUCGUCGGCUUUACGCGCAUGUCCUCGACGAAGACGGCCGAGCAACUGGUGGAAAUUCUAAACGACCUGUUCGAGCGGUUCGACGACCUGUGCCUGAUGAAUGGCUGCGAAAAGAUUUCCACCCUCGGCGAUUGCUACUACUGCGUGUCCGGGUGUCCCGAGCCGCGGCCGGACCACGCGAUCUGCUGCGUGGAGAUGGGCCUCGGCAUGAUCGAGUCGAUCCGUGUGUUUGACGCGCAGCGUCAUGAGGGCAUCAAGAUGCGCGUCGGCGUCCACACCGGGACGGUGCUGUGCGGUAUCGUUGGCACCAAGCGGGUCAAGUUCGACGUGUGGAGCAACGAUGUAACGCUCGCAAAUCGCAUGGAAUCUAGCGGGAAGCCCGACCAGGUGCAUGUGUCAGAAGAAACGUGCGGUUUUCUCGGUGAUUCGUACUUUAUUGAGGAAGGGGAAGAAGUGGACGGUCAUAGAACGUACUUUGUGCUCGGCAAGAAGGCCGACCUGAUCGGGUCGGUCACGGAGGGACUGUCGAGCAUUGGUCUGCCGACCGAUAUGAACCUGCUGGCUGCGUCACCCAUCGAUGAGCCGCCGUACCCGAGUAGCGAGGAGCACCAGGACAGCUCCUGCCUUUCGCGCAGCGCCACCAACCUGUCCGCCAUCCAGCCCGCCGUGCCACCGGCGUCUCCUGCCGGGCCAAUCUUUUUCUCCUCCCUGCAUGCCUCGCCUGUUUCGACGCCGCGGCCCCGCAUCGCGUCGUUGAGCAAGAUGACGAAAUUUAUCAAGUCGGCCGUCAAGGGCGACGGUACGCGCCUGUUGAACCAUGCACGAGGCAGUGGUGGUGCGGUGGAGAAACCAAAAAUCAUCAUCAGUGCCAAAUCGAUCUCGAAUGGUUUUGAUUCCGACGACGAAAUGGGGGAAAAUGGUCCGGUAUCGUCGGCGGCAACAUCCGCGACCGACCGGUUCCACCAGUGGCGGGUCGGGCGACUACUGAAGCGCUCGGAACCAGCGGUAGCGCCGAACGGUAGCACGCCGGAGACGGCGGAGGGUGGCAGAAUCUGUGAUAGUACUAGUAAGAGCUGUGACGAGGGUGGCGGUGUGCCAUGCGGUGGCGAGCAGUGCUAUCAACACGUGCCGAUCGUGAUCGUUACGCCUCGACCCAGCUGCUACACGUUGGACGUAUCGAAUGGCAGCGCGUCGGCCACGACUGGUGCGACCUGCUCCAGUGGAAGCAUCAGCCGUGGCGGUGGGGGCGCAAAGGCCGCAUGCCAAGGCCAGGAUCUGACGCACGCUAGUCAGAGCUCGAUGUUCGACGAGAUUAUCGAUGUGCGCUCGUACAUUUCGCAAUCGCGCAGCGACAUUUCCCCGUUCGCUCGUACCGGAAGCUACCGCUCGCAGCAGGCCGAUCGCUCGUCGAUCAUCCACGAGCUGGCGGCGGGCAGCGCCGGGGGCACCCUAGGGCGACCACGCAGCUCCACCAUCACCAACGCACCGCAUACGUACGCCGCAUGCAACGCCGACCACCAGCAGCAGCACGUGCGGCACGGCUCGGUCGUCGUUUGUCCGAGCGCACGGCUGCUUGGUGCGGACGGAGCUAGCCUAUCCCCAUCAGCCACCUCCCGAAAGGACUCCGGUAUCCGCUCGAACAGUCGGCGCUCGAGCAUCCAGCAUCAGCUGAUGCUGAUGAGCCAAACGGUGGGGCUGUCGGUGCACCGUGUGUCUGGUUACUUUACCAGCUCGCAGUCCAGUCUCUCGGCGGGACCGAUGGCGUCGGCGGCCGAGUGCCCAGGUGCCGCGGGGACUGCCACCAGCACGCUCAAGCCGAACGGCAACCUGCAGUUCGGUGACAAGCAGCAGUGUGGACCGCAUCCGGAUCCGCUCGCCGCCUGCCUGCAGCAGCUGCGCAAGCAGUCCGACCUGCAGCUGAUCCGGUGCGUGCGGGACAAUGCGCGCUCGCAGCGCAGCUACCUGGUAAAGCCGCCGCUCUUGCCACUCUCGCUGCGCUUCAAGUCGCGCCCAAUGGAGAAGGAGUUCCGCUCGAAGGCGCACCGCUUCGCAGGCGACACGGCGUCCGAGCUCGAGGAUGGCGGGCCGCCGACGCUCGCCACGCCCAAGUACAACACCUACAUCGACCUGCUUGUCUCGUUUGUCGUCUACCUGGCCACCUCGACCUCGCUCUUUCUCCUCUCGCCCUCGGUGUAUCUCGAAUCGUACAAGGUUUGGGUGUGCAUCUUCGUGUUCUUCAGCACGGUGCAGCUGUUCGCGCUGUUCAUCUGCACCAAGCAGGUGUGCCGGAGGGCACAGCGCAGCGCCAAGCCGUCGGUGCGUCGGGCGCGCCCGCUCGCAACCCGCAGCUGCUACGACUGCCUGCUGCAGCUCGCGUCCGCCUGGUACCCGUGGCACCUAUGUGGCGGCAUCCUGAUGUCCCUGCCCGUCGUCUCGAUCCUCUCCAACUUUGCCAUGAUGGACGUGACCAAGUUUCGCGUGUUCGAGUUUCACUACGGCUUCCUGAUGUACAUUUGUAUCGUGCACUUUUGCAACUUCACGCAGCUCAACUGGUGGAUGCGCAACUGCAUGGCGCUCAUCACGUCGGCCGCGUUCGUCGGUAUCGCGGUCGGGCAUAUGGUGGAGCUGCAGGCGCUCGAGGUGGCGACGGCCGCACUCGAGGUCGCCGCCAAUGCGAGUGCCGCCGCUGGCACGCCGCUUCUUCUGGGCGACGCCGUAUUACUACCGCAAGGCAGCAAAAUGCUCCACCGCGCCCAGUUCGAUUGGUUCAACAACUACCGGAUCGAGAUCUACGUCGAUCUGUUUCUGCUGCUCGUGCUGGUGUGGUUUUUGAACCGCGAGUUCGAGAUCGGCUACCGGCUGAGCUUCCAUGGUAGCGCGGUCGCCAACCAGGACAAGAUCCGGGUGCAGAACAUGAAAAACCAGGCGGACAUGCUGCUGCACAACAUCAUCCCAAAGCACGUGGCGGAGCAGCUGAAGAACACGGCCAAGUACUCGGAGAACCACCACAACAUCGGCAUCAUCUUCGCCAGCAUCGUCAACUUUAACGAGAUGUACGACGAGUCGUACCUCGGUGGCAAGGAGUAUCUGCGCGUGCUGAACGAGCUGAUCGGCGACUUCGACGAGCUGCUGGCGCGGCCCGAGUUUCGUUGCGUCGAGAAGAUCAAGACGAUCGGCAGCACGUUCAUGGCCGCGUCCGGGCUCGAUCCGAGCAGCCGGGGUGAAAACUACGAGCACCUGUACACGCUGCUUGACUUUGCGCUCGCCAUGCAGCAGGUGGUGGAGUCGUUCAACCGCGACCUGCUCGAGUUCAAUCUGAUCAUGCGCGUCGGCUACAACUUUGGCGACGUGACGGCCGGCGUGAUCGGCACGAGCAAGCUGUACUACGACAUCUGGGGCGACGCGGUGAACGUCGCCAGCCGCAUGGACUCGACCGGCGUCGCUGGUCGCAUUCAGGUCGGUAGCGAUUGCAUACCGGUGCUCGGCGAACGCUACGAUUUUGAGCCGCGCGGCAGCGUGUACGUCAAGGGCAAGGACCACAUGGAAGUGUACCUGCUGGUUAGCAAAAAACCUGACUUACUGGGACCACCCGAGCUAGAUAUAGAUCCCGUUUAAAGGUAGAGGAGGGGCGGCGAAUCGGCAAACUGUGCCUGCCUCUCACGGCGGUUCUUUGGGUUCGAUCUUGCUUAUUCUAGUUUGUACCAACACGCAUCACGUUUUCUAUUUUUCAAGGGGUGCACAACAAAUCUAGAAUACCGUACCAUAGGCACACAGUAGCACAUUGAAACACAUCAGAACGAAGCGUUCGAAAAGAUGUUCGUAAGCACCCGCGAAACGACGGUGCGUGAUUUUAUCAACUGUCAGCUCUCACAAGUGCAUGCCACGAAAGUAAAGGCGAGGGCAAAACAUUCAACUAUAUAUACAUAUAUGUAUAACAACUAUAUACAAAACAGAGAAACAAAUCUUGCCCAAACGAACCAAACGAACAAGGAGGAAUAUGUGCAAAAAUAGAAUAACUACGAAAUGGUUUCGCCUAUACACAAGCCUGGCAGAAGGAGCCAAGCGCUAGCGGAGUGAACUAAUCUCGCACGAUAGAUGCAGAACGUCCGUUCGGUUUCGCAUUGCCUUGCCAUCUUGUUCCCCGGGGCAUCCCUGGCCUUUUUGAUGCGUCCUAGCGCGAGUAUGAGAACAGAUGGAGCUGACCCGGACUUCACCGUAUUAUGUUUUACCGUGCUAGUACUAUUUUAUAAUUAACGAUUGUUGCUUCGUUUUAGAUACCGAUGGUGCGGAUAAGUUAUCACACGAAAAGAAGAUGAAUUAGAUCAGCGCCAACAAGGCUGGAGGGAUCUAUGGCAAGAGUAUAAAAGGUCGAUGAUAUCGAAACACUCCUCGGAUAAUAGCUAGUCUGUAAAGAAACCAAUGUUUCGGCAUCUACUCGUAUCAACCAAUUCUUGCCAAUGGUUCCAAAUGUACCACGCAUUUUUUAAACAUGCAGGUGUGUUGUUUUAUCUCUUAAGCGGAGUUAGUUUUUAUUUUAGAUCAUCAGAUUGUAAUUGACCCUCUCACCUGAUCCUG